AUGCGCAGAGGCAACGCGUCAGCGCCGCCACGCGUCUCGGGACGGCAAGGGCAACGGGAUGCCGACGCCGAGGCCCAGCUGUCCAGGCUGGGCCUGGUCCUGGCGGUGCUCGCCGUGGCCGCGAACGGCUGCGUCCAGCCCGACGAGUGGUUUCAAAGUGUGGAGAUUGCGGCUCGCGACGUGUUCGGCGCCAAGAUCUGGACGCCCUGGGAGUUUGGCGGCUCCGCCGCGCUGGGCGACGCGGUGCACGAGCCGUGCCGGUCCGUGAGCUUUCCCGCUGUGGCAGCGCACGCUCCUCUGUUUCUGCUGCGCCUCUGUGGCGGGUCCAUCGCUUGGCCGCGACUCAUCAUGAUGAUACCGCGGCUCUGGGCCCUCGUCAUCAGCAUACUGGUGCACGACCGCCUACUCGGAGAGGUGUGGCGCGCGGCGGGCCUCGACGACGAGGGCGUCCGCGUCGCGAGAGCGCUGCGCCGGACGUCCUGGGCGUGCCUCGUGCUCGAGACGCGGCCCUUCUCGAACGUCUACGAGACGUUCGGCCUGGCGCGGACCCGGCGUGGAAACUCGCGCUCGCCGACUGGAGGUGGUGCCUCCGCGCCGAUGGGCGAGAUAACGCGGCGAUGACGUGUCGACGUGUCGAGCCGCCGUCGACGCACGCGAGGACCGUCGGGAAAGUGCGUCGCGGUCACUGGCCGUGUCCGCGCAGGCGCUCUGCGCGCGCCUCGCCGCCGAGGGUCGGAGCGCGGCGCUGGGCGCCGCGACGGCGGUCGUCUGCUGGUGGCGGUUUGACUUCGCCGCCUUCGCCGCGCCGCUGGGCCUGUACUGCGUUGCGUCUUCGUCCAAGAGUACCGCGAAAGCCAUCGCGACGGGCCUCGCGACGUUCGCGGCCGGCGCUGGGCUCCUCGUCCUGGGCGACACCCUCUAUUUCAACUCGAUCGAUGGCUCCGUCGUCGUCGCGCCAGUGUGCAAGUCAACUUUCGCGGCGCCUUCGUGCUGAAUCAUCGCGCCCACCUCCACGCCGUCGACGCGAUACCUGCUCGAUGGCGUGGACGGGGCGGCUCGCUAGCGCUCACGUACCCGACUCACUGGUUGAUUUGCACGUAGGUCGCGCCGUGGCGCAACUUCCUCUUCAACGCUUCGACGGAAAAUUUGCGACGGUUCGGCCUGCACCCGCGCUGGUUCCACUUGGUUGUAAACGCGCCCUUCCUCUACGGGCCGCUCCUGCUCUUUUUGGGAGGCGCUCGCAAAAGGAGUCCCUUCGGUAAAGCGCUCGACGCCUCCGCGGUCCUGGGCCUCGCGGCGCUCUCGGUGGCGCCACAUCAGGAGCCGCGCUUCCUGCUGCCGACGGCCUGCGCCGUCUUCGCGCGGGCGGCGCCGCGCGUCGCACGAUUGAAGUGGAAGCGGAAGUUUUACAUGUUUUGGCUGGUAUUCCAUCUAGCCGUUGCCGGCUUCUACACCACGAUCCACCAGGCUGGCCUCGUGCCGCUGCUCCGGCGCGUCGGCGCGGCGCGCGGCGCCUGCGACCACGUCGCGUUCGUGGGCACCUAUUUGCCGCCUUAUUCGGUGGCGGGGCCGCGCGCCGGCGCGGAGCUGUUCCUGCACGACUUCGAGAACGACGCCGCGGGCCUCGGCCGGCGCGUCGCGGCCCUGAAGCGCGAGCUCGACGGCGGCGCCUACGGACGGUGCGCGUCGCGGCGUUUGUACGUCGCGGUGGCGGCGCCCGCGCUGCCGGCGGCGCGCGCCGCGUUUCCCCGGCUGGGCGCCGCGGUCGCUUCGUUCGCACCCCACUUCUCGGGCGAGCUCCCGCCGGCGUCGUUCUCCCAGCUCGUGCUGGGGCUCUACGAGGCGCGCUUCUGAGGUUUUUGUGAAUGUAGAGGAAACUACACUAACUGUUACUCCUAGUACUACUAGUAGUCUACUAGUAGUAGUACUUCUAGUAUUUAUAACGAG